GAGCCUCAAAGGCGGCCCGCGAGAGCGAGCAGCUCCGGCUGCAGCUGCACGAGGAGCGGCGGCGCGUGUCAGACGCGACCCUGCCCGCGCUCGAGCCGGGCUCGGAGCCGUCCGACGUCGCGCUCGCCGCCCUCAACCAGGAGCUCGUCUCGGCCAGGCUCGGUCGCGCAGAGUCGGACGCCGCCCUCGCCGAGGCGCGGCGCGAGGUGGCGAGGACGAGGGAGGAGCUGUACGAGAGCCGGACCAGAGCGGAGCAGCGGGAGGCGGAGCACGCCGCCGCACUGAGCGCGGUGAAGGCGCAGCACAAGGCCCGCGCCGCCGCCGCCGCGCGAGCGAGCGCCGACGGGAACGGCAGCGCCCGCGCCUCCGACGGCCGCGCCUCCGCCGCCGAGGCGACGCAGUUUGCCGCGCAGGCGGCGGCCGAGGCGAUGGCGAGGGCGGAGGCGGCGGAGGGGAGGCUGGCCGAGGUGGAGGCGCGGCUCGACCAGGCAGUGCGCGGUGCGGCGGAGGCGCACUCCGAGGCGGAGCGGCAGGCGGCUGAGCUUAAAAAGGCGGCGGCGGUGCUCGCGGCGGAGAACGCCUCCGUGGAGGGCAAGCUGCACAAGGAGGUGGAGAAGGUGGACAAGGCCAAGGAGGCGCUCAAGGUGGGGAUCGCCGAGCGCAAGCAGCUGCAGGCGGAGGUCAAGGCGCUCGAGGCGCGCCUCUCAACCACCUCCCGCGACGAGCAAAAGUCGCAGGGGCGGCUCAGCUCUGCGGCGGAGGUGAACCGAGAGCUGUCCUCAGAGCGGGACACGCUCGCCGCGCAGCUCAAGAAGGCGAGCCGCGAGCUGGAGGCGCUGCAGGCGACGCGGGCGAAGGAGGUGUCGGCCGCGGAGCAGCUGCGCCAGGGCCUCGAUCGCGCGCAAGCCGAGGCGCGUUCGGCGAGCGAAGACUCGAGCGCCGCGGUGCAGGCGCUGCGCACCAAGGUCGGCGCGUUCGAGCGCGAGCUGGGCAAGACAAAGUCGCUCCUCGCGCAGAAGGAGCUCCAGCUGUCGACGAUGAGCGCCGACAACCUGCAGAAGCUCGAGGCGGAGCGAGACGAGCUCUCCGCGACCGCGGCCGGCCUGCGGGACCAGCUCGAGGAGGCGCGGUCGGCUGCCCAGGUGCGAGAGGCGAGCCUCGCGGAGGCGGCGGCGCAGGCGACACAGCGCGCGGACGAGCUCGAGCAGAAGUUGCGCGAGGCGGCCGCCGCUGCCGACGCGGCCGCCGCCAACGCCGCUGCCGCCGAAGCGGCCUCGGCCGGCGGUGCGGCUGCCGGCGGUGCGGCGACGGUCGCCCCCGGCGAGGGUUGGGCGCCAGGCGACAGCUGGGUUGUCAACGACAGCGAGUUUGAGGCCGCUCCCGUCCCCGGCGGCGACGCUGCCGCCCUUGCUAUUGCCGAUGGCGUUCAUCUUUCGACGGCAGAGCCCGCACGCUCUAGCGGGGCGCAGCCCUCCCCCGGCGACGACGUUGCCGACGGCGCCGCGAAGGAGCAGCAGGCGGAGCUGCAGGCCGAGGUGCAGAGGCUUCAGGAGGAGCUCGCCUCCCUGCAGCGCCGGAGUGAGGAGAGGGCCGUCCACGAGGUGGAGAAUGAGCGCACGCUCCGCCGCCUCGAGCAGAUCCGCACGCUCAAGCUCGAUCUCGCAGCCGCGAAGGAGGAGAUCGCCGCCUUGAAGAAGGGCGAGCAGAGCCGCACGGAACGCGCCGCGGCUCUCAAGGAGAAGACGCAGGCGUACGUCUCGCAGCUCCGGGCGGACCACGCUGCCGCACUCGACGCCGCUGCCGCCGACGGCCAGAGGGCGCUGGAAGCAAAGCAGCUCGAGCUCGAGCGGUUCGAGGCUGCUGCGGCGGACGAGAUUGCAACGGCGCAGAUGAGCCUCGAGGCGGCGGAGCGGACUGCAGGGCUCGAGGCGAGCAGCGUCCGCGCGACUCUGGCGGCAGAGGCAAAGGCGCAGAUCCGGACGAUGAGCAGAGAGAUUCGAGAGAUCGAACGGCAGCUCCAAGCGGAGGGCGGCUGA